ACUUCCCUAACCACUCGCCAUUCUAUAAGAACAAGGAAAGGUGCACAGAAUUGAAUUCUUAUAAAUGCAAGUCCUUCAAAGAAUUCAGUUGCCCCCCUCAUUUUUUCCAUUUAUCUAAUUGUGAUUUUAAUUAUAAAGAUGCACAACAUAUAAGUGAGAAAGAGUACACGAUGUGAACAUAGGUUGGCAUUUUUUCCCACGUGUACACACAGCAAAAUAGUCUUGUUUUUGAGAAUUUUUUGUGUAUUGUGUGACUGAAUUUUUUCACUUUUCUUUCGCAUGCUGUGUGCGGUGUGUAUUAAGAUUAUCCGUUUCCUUUUAGAUUUAACCCAGAAUCAGACGAUUACUGUACUUGAAAAAGAAAGGUCUAGAGAACAAUUUUCCAAAAAGUGAAAUUCUUACGAAUAACAAGACCUUCGCGGCCUUUCUAGGACUUUUCGAUCAAGGGACAUCGGAUAUCCUGAACAAUAAAACAAUUCGAAUUUGGUUUUUGAGCUUUUUCUAAAAUACCGCGAAUCAGAGGGUACUAAAAAGAUAUUUGAAAAAAAUACCUCAUUUUGCUCAGAAUUUGUGAUCCCGAAAAUAUGGUUCUUUCUUAGAAAUAUUGUGAUAAAAAAAAUGGCCUCAGCGCCACUACUCCUUUGUCGUUCUUUAUUUUUAGAUAAAAACAAACGAAUCUAUUCGUAAAUAGAUCUGCCAACACGUACCAAAAUAUUUUGACAAUUUGCAAGGAUGAAAGAUUACGGCUUCAGCGUCGAACUCGAGCCAAGUCACAAAAACUUGACCGAUGUCAAUAACUACAUUCUUUGAAUUUCACUUCUUUCUUCAUUGAAAAUUCUCAUUUUUAGAUAAAAUGUUCCAAAAAUAUGUAACAGCUGGGUAUAAGAAAUUUUUGGGAAAUGAAAAUGACGAAAAUGAUGCUGAAUCAGCAACAAAUAGUCAAUCUCGAAGAUUUUUACUAGGACAAUAUUUUGAACAAUUGAAUGAAAUUGUUCCUCAUCAUAUCGAAGAUCAUGAUAGAAAUUUCUGGGAAAAUGAUCUUGAUCAAAUUGGACAAAAUGUAUUCGACCUCCAUGAUCAAUUAAAUCAAAUCCAAUCUGCAGAAGAUCAAAAAAUCGAAAAUAAUUGUCAAUAUUUCAAUGAUCGAUUAAAUGCAUCCACACAUUCCCAAGAUAAUAAUGAAACAAAUUUAGAUAUUCAACUUGCAUGUUAUUCAACAUCAUUGGAAGAAAAACUCAAUGAUAUGAAAAAUAUCUUUUACAAACGUUAUAAAACGAAAUUUGAAGAAUUAAUUCAAAAUAUGAAAUUAAAAUAUGAAAAAGAGUUUGAAAAUUAUAGAAAAAUGAAUAAUUUGAAAUCUGAAUUAGAAGAAUAUUCGAAAUAUUGUAAUGAGAAAUUAAUUGUCAAUCAAGUUGAAGUCAAUGAUUAUCAAAUAACAGAAUUUACAGUGGAAAAAGAUGCGAAAUGUGAAGAAUUAAAAUCGAAAUGGUUAUUGACAAAUGAUUUUGAUUUCUAUUCGGAAUAUGAAACUUAUGUUUUAAAUAUGAAAGAUUCAAUCAUUAAAAGUCGACAUUUAUUUGAAAUAAGUCAAAUUUAUAAUGCUAAACAACCAACUUUAAAUGUUUAUCUGGAAAAAUCAAUUGAAUUUUUAAACAAAUCAAUUGCAAUGGACGAGUUCAGAAUUCAUUUAAGUAAUUUUGAUUUACAUAAAACAUCAAAUCUACGAACUGAUAUAAGAUCGAAAUUUGAAUUAUUAAGAUAA